AGUUGAACAGCACUGGCAACAUCUUGUGCAUUUGCAACAAAAAGUAAACGAAAAUUGUAAUAAAAGUCGCAAAGUAACUGAAACAACAACACAAAAUGUCCAAAACGACGUUGAGAGAUGAGCCAUGCACUUCAAAAGAGUCCUUCGAGGACUUUUAUACCGAAGUGAAAGAAAUUGAAAAACGCGAUUCAGUACUAACUCCUACUCAACAAAUUGAUCGUUUACUUCGUCCAGGUUCCACAUACUUCAAUCUGAAUCCAUUUGAGGUGCUCCAGAUUGAUCCGGACGUCGAAGUGGCCGACAUUAAAAAGCGUUAUCGCACACUGUCUAUACUGGUGCAUCCGGACAAGAAUCACGAUAACCAGGAACGCGCCCAAAUGGCAUUCGAUAUUGUAGCACGAUCCUGGAAAAUAUUAGAAAACGAUCUCACGCGCAAAAAGUGCCUGGAAGUCUACGAGGAAGCCAAGGGACGCACAGAUCAUAUGAUUGCCGAAAAGCGUAAAAAGCUUAAAAAGGAGGGCAGAUCUUUUGAGCCCAUACCAGAGGAUGAUCCUGUUAAGUAUAAGCAUGCCAUCUAUGUCAUGGUCAUGAAACUCUUUGCCGACAUGGAGCGACGACGACAAAAGCUCGAUCAACGGGAUCAGGAGGAGCGCAAGCGGAAGCGAGAAACGGAAAUCGAGGAGGAGGAACGGGUCAAGGCGGAUCGCGAAUGGCAGCAAAACUUUGAGGAAUCUCGUCAGAGUCGUGUCAACAGCUGGCAUGACUUUCAAUCCGGCGCGGGCAAAUCCAAAAAGACUAAGAAACCCAAACAUAUGACAGGCAUGAUGGUACCGCCAAAAUUUAAACCCGAAACACGAUGAAAAAUCCCACAUCCAAAUUCGAUUUCACGUCCACGUCGCGUUGUUUUAAAUACAUCCUAUACAUAUAUAUAUAUAUAUUUUUACAUUUUUAUAAGUAUCCUUUGGAAUUGUAAUUGACAUGAUGCAUAAUUUGUAGUUUUUAAGAAAGCCGAAAAAAAUGUUGAAA